AAUGAAACACAUCAAACAUAAACAGUACAGACAAUUUUUCGAUGCGUUCUUUGACAACUGCAAUAUCGAAAUUGCGUGACGAGAAUGAUAAAAAAAAAUCUUCAGAAAUCAUGGGUGCACCUCCCGAAGUUUGCAGAAAGGAAUUCCCUCUGGAUAGUUCAUCCAACUUAUGAACAUAAUACGUGAAUCUCUUUUUGGGAUAUAUCAAGAUGAUGUGCUACCCUGUCAUUCUACUUUUACCCAUCGUCUACGCAACCUUCACGUCACCAACAAUUUACGUGAAAAAAUCACACGAGAUAGAUUUUACAGAUAUACUAGAACUGGAAUAUGAGAAUUGUCCAACUGUUAUCGAAAUACACAACCUAAAAGAAAAUUCUGAAAUCUUCGAUUUAGCAUUUAUGGAAGGUCUAUGCAAGAACGUAGUUAACAUGUUACGUAUUAAAAUCUCAGGAAAUUUCCAAGGAAUAGGAGAGGGUCUCUUCAAUCACCUCUUGAAGCUGGAGAAUUUCCAAGCGACUGAUAUGGACAGUCUUACAGAAUUGAGCAUAAGUAGUUCCAAUUUGAAACAUCUGGACUUUUCAAGAAACCACUUGGAGAAAAUAGAUAUCGAAUUCAAGGAUGAUCUGGUCCAUUUGAACCUAUCAAGGAACUUUUUGGAGGUACAAAACAUCUAUAUGAAUACUAUGAGUCAUCCCUUAAACCUUCAGCUGAGAACUUUGGACUUGUCCUACAACAGACUGACCAAAAUUGACUUUUUCCUUUCGUUUUGGAACCUGCGGAAUCUUCUCCUGAACAACAACAGGAUAGAGCACAUCAACCCAGGUAUACUCCAAAAGUAUCCUAAUCUGGUGGUAUUGAAUUUAGCGCAUAACAAGAUACAUGAAUUAGAAAGUGGGAUUUUCAUCGGUUUAUCUGAACUGGUGAAUCUGGAUCUUUCUUAUAAUAGUUUGAAUGAUAUAAGCGUUCAAAUCAUCAACACAUUGAAAGCGUUGGAGGAGUUGAAUUUGGAAGGCAACAUAAUUGAUAAUUUCAAGUAUAGUGAACUAGAACAUAAUAUGGAAAUACUUAAAAUAAACGAGAAUGAUACUUAUUUGCACGGGAAAAAGAUUGAUAAUGACACGUUGGUCAGUUUUAUGUGAUUGAUAUAUUCCUAAUAUUCAUGACAUUCUGAAUUUUUAACUUAAGAAGAUUAAAGAGUGAAUAUAUUUUAGGAAUUUAUAUUUACGAUAUCCAUGAAAUUACGAAAUUUUCGCAUAUAGAAGAUAGUAACCUGAAGCGAUGGAUUGGAAUCGUUUCGACAUAUCGUUAAUUUUUAUUUCCAUACUUAAUAUUGUAGUUUUAUGUAUUUUUAUACCGCAAAUAUUAAAUAAAUAAUUAUGUUUCCA